AUGGACGUAAAUUCCGAUUCCACAGCCAGCUUGUCGGCUACGCUGACCCCUAUAGUCGUGGCGGCUAGAGAAAAUGAGGUUAAAGGUCGCGAGAUCUUCCAGAAGACAACAGACGAGUUUACGCUGCCCAGGGUCAACGAGGUCAUGUCUGAAAUCAACGCCGACCAGCCUAGCGGAGUCAAAUCACCCAAAUCGUCCAAAGCUCCGAUUAUCAUCUUCGUUCACGGGGGAAGCUUGAGCUCAGGGACUUAUUUAGACUCUAUUGGGUCCGCCAAAGUUGGCUAUUUCAUUGACAAAGGUUAUACUUUCGCUACGGUCAACUAUACGCUCAUCCCUUCUGUAACGGUGGAAGAGCAGGUACAAGACGUGGCCAACUCGAUCAGCCAUCUAGUAGGAAACGAGACUAGACUCGACAUUGAUUCUGAAAGACUUAUAUUAAUGGGGCACAGUUCCGGCGCCCACGUUGUCACUCUGUUAGGAACUGAUUCGAGCUACCUGGAGCGAGCGGGAACCAGUAUUUCUAUUAUACAAGCCGUCAUCACCCUGGACGGCUCCAACUACAAUGCAGCGGCUGAGCUUCUCGAUAAUCCGGGCCCGAUUGUGGAGAACAUGAUAUAUAGGUUCGGUACCGAUCUGAAGCGACUAACUGCCAUGUCACCUACUUAUCAUGCCCACGCGCCCAAUGCCCGCGCGUUCCUGCUUCUCCACGCUCAUCGACAUGGGGACAUCCGUCAGACAGUUGAACUAUCCGUGGCGCUAAACGCUGCAGGUACUGAUGUUAGGUUUCAUGUGUUUGAGGGACAGGGUUUCGAGGGCCAGGUGCUUGACGGGGGAGCAAACGUCAAUGUUAGAUCGGACAAUGGACGAACACUUGCCGUGAGACAUGGUCAUGGAGAACUGGUAGCCUUGCUCGUCUAG